GUACGCUCUGUUAAAUGCUGGGAGCUUGACCUGUGCAGGUCCAGCGGACUGACAGCGGCGGCUCUGCUCCGGUCGCUGCGACAGGACGGACGGACACCGGACACACCGGACCCUCCUGCACUUCAGCGGACCUGAUUGAGGACUGCAGAAUACACACAGGCCGAUGAUGAUGUCGGAGAACUUGGAGCAGAGUGAUGACAUCAGCGUCCUGCCCCCCCAUGAGUUGGAGCCGCCCCCCAGGGAGGAGGACGGACACUGCCCCCUGCCCUUCAGGCUGCAGCUGAUUGACGACCUGUCCUACGAGGACGUGAAGAAGUGCUACAGAGGCUCAACUGUCAGCAAGUACAACUCUCAGUACCACAAACUGUUCCAGACUGUCCCCAAAGAGGAGAUCCUGAUGAAAGUGUAUUCCUGUGCGUUGUUGAGAGACAUCCUGCUGCAGGGUCGCCUCUACAUCUCCAGGAACUGGUUGUGUUUCUACGCGAACCUGUUUGGUAAAGACAUCAAGGUUUCUAUUCCAGUGGUGUCAGUCCGGCUGGUGAAGAAGCACAAGACGGCCGGUCUGGUGCCGAACGGGCUGGCCAUCACCAUGGAUACAGGACAGAAGUAUGUCUUUGUGUCCCUGCUCUCCAGAGACAGUGUCUAUGACGUCCUGAGGAGGAUCUGCACUCACCUGCAGGUGAACGGGAAGAGCCUGAGUCUGAAGCAGUACCUGGAGGAGCCCAGCUCUCUGUCCAUGGACGAGUAUCCAGAGGUGUUGAAGUGGAGGAGGAAACCAUCGCUCCCCGCCGUCUCCUCCUCCCUCCCUGACCUGCUCGGAAACUCCUCCCCCAGCCUCGUCGCCGACACACCCUUCAGCCCGCACACGCUCACCAACAGCAGUCUGGAGACAGAGAAGAUCCUGCUGACAGAACCAGUACCUGAACUGGGUCACAUGGAGUACCAGCUGUUGAAGCUCUUCAUCCUGCUUGUCUUCCUCCUGGUCCUGUCCUCCUGUUACCUGGCCUUCAGAGUUUGUCGUCUGGAGCAGCAGCUCAGCUUCCUGAGCAGCCAGCCAACGCUGAGAGAGAGGUGUGGAGAGGUGCCCUGUUGGCUGGCCAAUCAGAGGACGGGAACCUGACGCUGGAGCCAACCGGAGUGAAGAAGAAGAAACUCUUGCACUUACAUAGACUUGCCUUUAGGGGGCGGCGGCUCUCAGGCGGAGACGACACGACUGCAGCAGCAGCAGCCGUCAGCAGCCGAAGCUCUGACCCCACCCGCCGUGACCCGGUUACCAUAGAGACGUCACAAUAGUCAAUACAAACAGUAGACUGACCUCUGACCUCUGAGGCCGACGUGUUCCAGCGGACAUGUGGAGAUCAGAGGGCCGAGGAGCGACAACACUGUAACAUAACCGUGUGUGUGUGUGUGUGUGUGUGUGUGUGUGUGUGUGUGUGUGUGUGUCUGUGUGUGUGUGUGUGUGUGUGUGUGUGUCUGUGUAUGUGUGUGUGUGUGUGUCUGUGUGUCUGUGUGUGUGUGUGUGUGUAUGUGUGUGUGUGUGUGUGUCUGUGUGUGUGUGUGUGUGUGUGUGUGUGUGUGUCUGUGUGUCUGUGUGUCUGUGUGUGUGACUGUGUGUGUGUCUGUGUGUGUGUGUGUGUGUGUUGUACAUAUCAGACAGUCUUUACUAACACACUGACUGUUAGUGAAUUAGUGUCGGUGGUUGUGACGAGCUGCUGGAGCCUGAAGUGUUUUCACUGAAUGUUUGUUUCUGUCAGUAAAUACUACAUUACCCAUGAUCCAAUGCGAGCGGUGCACACAGCUGAGUUUGAAGCUCUGUAAUUGGAGAAGACCAGUAGAACCAGUGAGGAUUUUACUGGGACCUGGUUCUUACAACUUCAGACUGUUUUCUAACAUGUGACUGUUUCUUCUUUAAUAAGAAAAGUUCUCAGGUUCUGGAGAGACAGAAGAAAGUUUUUAUCUGACGGUGGAAAUAUAACUCAGUGUCAUUAAACUGUCCAGGACAGAAAAGUUUUAGUUAUUAACUAAUUAAAAAAAACUAUCAAAUCUAGAUUAAUGUUUGAGAAACUUCAGGAACCUGCUGCUCCGCUCACUUUGUGUUUUCCUUCAUUUCCAUUCACGUCUCAACCGACUGAUUUUAUAAAAAACAUUAUUAUUAAAAGUGAGACUUUACGAAUUCAUCAGAAUCAAUAAAGGUUGAUUCGAAUCACGUGGAGAACGGAGGACGUUCGUCACUGAAGGAUGAACGUCACUGUUGAGACACUUUCCCUGAAUGUGAAGCUGAAUCUCUCUGAACAUGAGACUGUUUUGAUUUGUUUUUUUUAAAAACACUGUCAGUGCCAAACCUGUUCACAGCUGUGUUUGUGUGAGAUGGAAACUGAUGAAGAGGAGGAGGAGGAGGAGGAGGAGGAGGUCGUACCUGAGCAGAGCUGCUUGUGAAAGAAAAUAAACUGUAAAAAUAUUAGUACAGGAAGUUACGAUGAGUUAGUUUAUAUUUCAUGGAGGAUGGAGGAGAAGAAGAAGUGACGGUGUUAGUGUUUGAAAGUCUUCCUCUGAAGAGACUCUGCUUUGUUGUAGUUCUGACUGUAACACAAAGAUCAUUAUUAAACAUUAUUUCCAUCUGCA